GGGAGAUGUUUACAGGAAUCAAGCAUCGUGACUUAUUUAUUGUUAUCCUGUAACCAAGUUAAAGUGUCGAAAAUGCAAUUGAUUGGUUACUUGUGUAUGUGCAUUUGCGCAUUGGUAUUGGUACAUGCUGGAAGAUCUAGACGAAAUGGGUACAAUGGAUAUAAUGGUCGUAAUGGAAACAAUGGCAGAAAUGGAUACAGUGGUGGAAAUGGAUAUCGUGGCGGUAAUGGAUAUCGUGGUGGUAAUGGAUAUAAUGGCGGUAGCGGAUACAGUGGUGGCGGUAACGGAUAUAAUGGAAUAAAUGAAUAUAAUGGCGGAAAUGGAUACAACGGCGGUAGUAAUGGUUACAAUGGUGGUAAUGGAUAUAAUGGCGGUAACGGAUACAAUGGUGGUGGAGGUCUCGAUUAUCAGAAUGAGUACCAAACUGGUUAUAAUGGAAAUGGAGGCAAUGGAAAUGGAUAUAAUGGCAACAGAGGCAGAAAAUCAUACGGAAGCCGAUCAUACGGACCAAAAGGUGGUUACUAAGACUCAAUCAGAUGCAACCAGAAUUUCAACAACUCAUGUGUGGUCAUAUUGACAUUAAAUAUGUGUAUUUGUUUAAUCUAUUUUUGUUAAUAAAAAUUUGUAUUUUCUUAUAAAUACAUUUAUAGUUUGAACUAGCUGUCGUUACUUAUAUUUUUGCAUUGCACAAUUUUUUUUCUUUCUGAAACUGUUGAUGAUGACUUUCACCUAAAUCAACUGGUUGUGUACUGAUGGCAAUUUUAACCUGAGACGUACGAUAUAUUUAUUCGUGGUGUAUCUUCCAAUACUCAUAGAUCAGUACAUCAGGUCUUAAGUAUUUUCGUUGAGUCGUCUUAAUGUGAUUUGUGUUGAUCUGAAAAUUCGUAAAAUAUCAAAAGUGUUGAUCUUGGUGUCAGGUAUUAAUGGUUAUGUAUGAAGAUUAUGUGGUAUAUACUUUUAUUUUUUGUAGAAUCAAAAUCAUAGUGACACUGGUACCAAUUCAAUGAAAUUUUAAUUGCAUAAACAAAUUCAGCAAGACCAUGAGGAUAAACGAUUAAAAUUGUUGUGUCAAAGCCACAAUCUAAAUUUUCAGUUUACUUAAAACAGUUCAACUAUUUCGUAUAGUUCACAUUCCAACAUAUGUUCAUCAAACGUUUUUCGGGUUUCAUUAUGUCCCUGACCUGCUCGUAUUACUUGUAUAAAAUGUUGAAUCAUUCGAACAAUAAGGCUUUUCUAACCGCAGUCUUAGAUACUUUUCGAAUUUUUGUUGUUUUAAAAUGCUUUUUUGUCUUUGUAUGUGAUUUGGCAUUUUAACUGUUUGCUUUGAGCACCACGGAU